CAAAAAGGACACGUAAAAUAAAACGCAAUUUCAGACUCGGCUACGCAGAGAAACAAAGCGAGAGUCGGAGGGAAAGAAAGAAAGAGGGAGGAAGACGAAGAACAACAAGAAGCUGCGCCUGCAGAACUCCAUUUAAGAUUUGGUCCUCUCUUCCUCUCCACUCUCUCAACCAAAUUUAAAAAAAAAGAAACGAAGUUAAAUAUUUUUGGGUUUCCCUCUUUGACAUCUUAGUUUUGCAAUAAUUGACCAAUCACCCUCUAAUUUUGGUUUUCUUUUCUUUUAUAUCACCACUUUCCUCCCAUGAUUUCAUCAUUUAGCAUUUGAGCUCCUUUUGUUUUCCCUUGUUAGAUCUAAAAGAUUUUCAACCACCCACUCGCCUGGCCGACCGACCAGAUCCGCCGUCGGUUAAUUCAAAUCUAUGGAUGAUUUUCCUGGUCUAUUGGACCAGGACUUCGGUUUCAAACCCCAGGGUAAAUCCGCCCCUAUGGCUUCAUCUCGUAAUUCCAACACUAACACCUUCUCCUCUGUCAAUUUCGGCCUCGGAUCCGCUGCUCCUGCUUCUCACUAUCGAUCUUCCUCUGCCACCCUCGAUUCUGCUCCUAUUUUCGAUGAUCACGGUCACGAUCGUGGUGGCGGCGGGAGUGAUGGUCUCUUGUUCAACGACGUCUUUGGGGGCCCGCCUAAGUAUGCGGAAUCGCGUGGCGGCGGUGAUGGAGGAAUUAAAUCGUCGUCUUCUGCAUUUGAUUAUGACUCCAUUUUCAAGGACCAGAAUGCGAAAUCCGGGUCUUUGCCGGUUUUUGAUAAGCCAGUUUAUGAUGAUGAUAUUUUCGAUGGAUUGCCUGGCCUGAAGAGUUCGUCUGUGGGUCCUCAAUCGGCUAAUUUUGAUGAUGUGUUUUCUUCGAUCGGCACUGCUUCUUCGACCAAGCGUAGGGCGCAAAACAACAGCUUGCCAUUUGAUGAUCUGUUGGGGAAUUUAGGUAAAAAGGAGAACGAAUCGAGGAGAGAGACUCCCAAAAUGGAGAAGGAUUCAGCUGCUUUUGAUGAUUUGCUUCCUGGUUUUGGUCGCAGUAGCUCCCCUAGUAUUAGCAGGUUAACUUCAGAGUCUAGUCGGUCCCAGAAACCAUCUGCAAAUUCGGCCAGGAAAGCCUCCAUUAUGAUGGAUGACCCUUUUGUGGUGUUAGAGUCAACUUCAACUCCUGCAGCUUCAUCCUCGAGGUUGUAUGUAGACCCUUUGGAAGAAAUUAGUAAAUUCAGUAGCUCUGGAAACACAAAGGUUGAUAAUUCAUCUGUAAAUAGGGGAGUAUUUGAUGAUGUAGACUCCUUUGAUAGCCUUGGAAAACCUGUACCUCCAGUUUCACCUGUAGUCAACAUGAGAGGAAAAGAUAGGAGCCCUCUUAGAACUGGACCAAGCAUGGGUGGCACUUAUUCACCUGCUAGCGAAGAUCCAGUUGACGAAUAUCCUGUGGACGAAGCUGAAGGCCACUCACAGAAGAAGAUGUCUAAUGAUGAUUUCCAUGAAUCACAUGAAACCUUGUUCGAUGUGCCUCGUGUUGGUCAAAAUGUCUCAUCACCUUCAUAUGUGAAUGGCAGUUCUAAUGGGGUAAAUUCACCUCCGAGAUAUGAAGAUAUUUCAGAAUCACCUGAUGAUGUGUGGCUUACUGUAUCUGAAGUUCCUCUUUUUACGCAACCAACAAAUGCUCCACCUCCUUCAAGACCCCCACCUCCUAGACCACCUCGGAUUUCAAAGGUAGAGACAGGUUCUUUUUCAUCAACAAACUCAAGAAUGAAGGUUAAUGAAUAUUCUACUUCAUACUCUCAGAGCCCCAGGUCAGCUCAUGCAACAAGGAGCUCAGUGGCAUCUCAAAUAGAUGAACUUGAAGAUUUUGCAAUGGGUAGUACCCGAAGCAAUGUUAGUGAACAUGCUGAUGUUCUUUAUGGGGAAGAUGUGGAUGCAAAUGCAUCUUCUGCUGCAGCAUCUGCUGCUGCCAUGAAGGAGGCCAUGGAUAAAGCAGAGGCUAAAUUCAGGCAGAUGAGAGAGAGGGAGUAUCUAAAGGCUGCUAGAAGUAGAGAAACUAGUCAAGUAGAUAAAGACAUGCAAGAAGCUCAGCAGAGAGAAUUAAAAGAAAGGCAAGAGAGGCAACAGAGGGAAAGGGAGGAGGAAGAGAGAGAACAAAGGAGACUUGAGGAAGAGAGAGAACAAAGGAGACUUGAGAAAGAGAGGGAAAGAGAGGAGAAAGAAAGAGAGCAGAGGAGGCUUGAGAGAGAGAGAGACCGAGCAAGGGAGAUUGAGAGAGAGAGGGAAAAGGGUAGACAAGCAGUUGAAAGGGCUACUAGGGAGGCACGUGAAAGAGCAGCUGCCGAAGCACGCCUAAAAGCUGAAAGAGCUGCUGUAGAAAAAGCAGCUGCUGAAGCUCGAGAGAGAGCAGAAAGGGCUGCAGUUCAGAGAGCACAAGCUGAAGCCCGUGAAAGGGCUGCUGCAGAGGCAAGAGAAAGAGCAGAAAAAGCUGCUGCAGAAGCACGGGAAAGGGCAAAUGCAGAAGCAAGAGAGAGAGCUGCAGUUGCAAGGGCUGAAGCUGAUGCUAGACAGAGAGCUGAACGAGCUGCUGUUGAAAGAGCUGCUGCAGAGGCUCGAGAAAGGGCUGCUGCAGAUGCUCGAGAAAGGGCUGCUGCUGCAUCUAGAGCAAACCAACAAAAGACAGAUGCCCAACAGAGGAAUGACAAUGAUCUUGAAUCAUUCUUCAGUUCUCAAGCAAGCAGUGCUCCAAGGCCUAGGGCUACUUCUUCGGAUCCUUUCUUUGAUACCCAGAAUAGGGGAGGGUCUGAAGCUGCCAGAAGGACACCUGUUGGAGUUACGUCAAGCAUGAAGAAAGCAUCUUCAACUGCAAAUAUUGAAGAUGAUCUAUCUUUGAUUUUUGGAGCUACUGGAACGUCGGGAGAGUUCCAACAGUUUGAAGGAGAAACUGAAGAGAGGCGAAGAGCUAGGUUGGAACGUCACCAGAGGACUCAGGAACGUGCGGCAAAAGCGCUGGCUGAGAAGAAUCAACGGGACCUUCAAGCUCAGAGGGAACAAGCAGAGAGACAUAGGAUUGCUGAAACACUUGAUGUUGAGAUCAAGCGAUGGGCUGCAGGGAAAGAGGGGAAUCUACGUGCUCUUCUAUCAACGUUGCAAUAUGUGCUAUGGCCUGAAUGCGGUUGGCAGCCUGUUUCCUUGACCGAUUUGAUUACUGCUGCUGCUGUUAAGAAAGUUUAUAGAAAGGCAACUUUGUGCAUCCAUCCUGAUAAAGUCCAACAAAAGGGUGCCAAUCUUCAACAAAAAUAUAUUGCUGAGAAGGUGUUUGACUUGCUGAAGGAAGCAUGGAACAAGUUCAAUUCUGAAGAGCUAUUUUGAAUUUCUAUGGUGAUAUUUUGCUCCAAACCAUUUGAUUUGGCAAUUACACUAUUCAUUGGGAGUACAAAUGCACAACUGUUCAAGCAAAGAUGUAUUCUCGUAUCUGCUGCAGUUGGUGUUGCGUUGUAUCACUGAUAAAAGCGCCAAUUGGAGACUUUUCAUUUGGAACUGCUGAGAUGCCUGAAGGGUGAAGUAGUCUCCUGUUAUUCAGGUGGCUGUAAAGUGACGUUCCUCCAAGCAUAUUGGCACCUGAAAAAUUGGAAAUGCUUCGUGUAGAGUAUUGUCCUGCCUACCCCUUUUGCCUUUGCAUUAGAUGACGGGGUCCUUUUUUUGGGUUAAUUCUUUUCUAUAUAUAUAUAUAUAUAUAUAUGUUUUCUUUGGAUUUUUCGUUUUGGUGGCAGAACAUGAUAUUUUGAGUGGAUACAAAAUAUGUUACUGAUGUCCAAAUGACCAUACUUGGCGUUGUAUGAUGGUUGGGCUGUUAAACUCUGUGCCGUACGUUUCAUACAUAAAUAUAUUUUUUCUGUAA